CCAGACAUGAUGAGGGGUGGCACAGAUCGUGUUACCUCGGUGUCGUAGUUCGGAGGCGUUUUCUGGAUCAAGAUACACACAGACGAAUUGUUGUGGGAGCCGUAAAAGGGGGAUAUCUCGGGCCAUGGGUCGUUCUGACAAUACUAAGGGUCAGCGUGUGCAACAGCUCCGUGCGACAAGUUCGACAAAGUCACAAGAAGCCAGUACUUUCGAAGAUUCAGCCCAAGCUUCUCUGGCUGCUUUUGGCCACCUUUGCCGGGUCCUUCCCGACACGCUCUUCGCCUCGCUUACCAGCAUAUUGCUGGACGAAAGGUCACGAUUUCGCCUAUGGGCUGGCAAAUUUUCCGCUCUGCCGCAAGGGCGUUCCAAGGAGGACAUCAGUGCGAGUGAGCCUGGGCAACCCGACCUACAAGAUGUCUCGUUGUUCGCUUUGCAGCGCCUGUCUGUGUCUUUGCAGCGAGCAUCCGAGAUAGUGGAACACAAGCGACCUAAUAGGUGCAACAACACUCUACAAGAUGCAUCACCGGCGGCUCUGGCCGAGCUCACAUCUGAGAUUGUCAAAUCGGAGCUACACAACUCGAAUCACGAAAAGGGUUUGCUCAGUAUGAGAUCUACCACAACCGAGCUGGCAGAGGUGCUACUCGGCGCACAUUCAGCAAUCACCCACCUUCUACAGAUAUCCUCGCUUGCGUGUUCAAGCCUCAGUGAAUAUGCGACAGAGCCGGGGAUGUCUCGCGGGACUUAUGAAGUCGAUGGUCGUCCCGACAUCACCCACAUGACAGACAAAUUUCCCCUGCUGAAACAGAGGCCCUGGCUAGCUGAACGACUGGGGAAUCUUGUUGCUCAACGGCGAGCCCAUAUACGUUACCAGCAGAACUAUCGGGGCCAAAAUAACGCAGACUUUGACGUCCCAGUCUCAGUUAUUCACUCAGAUGCAGUAUCAGUUGCACACAGUGAAGGGAUGCCAACAGACUCUGGCUACGGCUCGCAGAGAGCAGCUUCAAUACGAACUUUCGACUCGGAUGCCACGUCCUUCGCCAGCACUGCCAAGUCUUCAGGUGGCACUGCUGGCCAUAUCCCAAGCCUGACAAGCAUGCGUUUGGAUGGGAAAAGGCUGGAGUAUAAUGUGCAAAUAGAAUGCCCAUACUGCCGGACUCCACAGAUCUUCCGAAACAAGCAGAUGUGGAAGCAGCACGUUUAUAGCGACUUGUCAUUCUACGUCUGCACGUUUCCAGAAUGCUCGGAGCCCGCUUUUGCCACAUCUCAUGACUGGUUUCAUCAUGAGUUGAGCCAACAUCGAAAGCAGUGGCAGUGUCAUCUUUGCGACGUAUGCUGCGUAUCUGCGGACAACAUGGGGGCUCACUUUGAUGCUGACCAUCAACGCGAUAUUUUGGACAGUCAGAGAACUGACCUUGUCGGUCUCUGUGAGAUGCCGAUCCAACACUUUCCCGACGAUUCCUGUCCCUUUUGCGAGAAUUGGAACCCUUCGGGCACUCCAUAUUCUGCCAGCCGCAAGCGAUUCCGUUCGCAUUUGGGCGGCCAUCUGCGAGAAAUUGCACGAGAAGCCAUACCAUUGGCUAUCGAGGGACUUGAGGUUGUUGAAGAAGAAGAGGAGGACGAUGAUAGCAGCUCUUCUGAUGAAACCUCAUCAUCUCUCAGCAGUAGCGAUGAUGAGCACAGCCAAGGGGAUCAGGGGGAGCCAGUAAGCAACCUCGAUCCGGGCGACGGAAUUUCCCUUGAAAAGGGAAAGAAACCUUCACAGUCUCCCAGUGUUCCAGAGCAUGCAACUCGCUUCGUUGGCCAGAAGCCCAUGGAAACAAUGGACGGAAGCGCGGAAGAUUUACAUCGGCGGCAUGAUUUGUCAACUGAGCCACGCAUCACAGUCUAUGCGCAAUCAGCUGAGCAAGCCUCUAUGCAGCAGACACAGCAGCACUCUGAUGAUCAGACUUCCAUUUACAGUCAGGUCUCGGAGACUGUAAGCCAGUCACCAGAGGAGACGAUGAAACCCGAGCAUCAAAACGUGGCCAAGUCGUCUCCUGGCGGAGCCAAAGAUAAGGAAGAACCGCCCACUCUGACUCUCAACUUGUACGACCAUUACGAGGUCAAGGUAAAUGAGGAUGGGACCAGUGAGAUGGUGGUACAUGGCCAGAAACGAUAGAAGUAUGCCAUGACGACGCACCAUCAUCUCAGUGAUUCUUACAUAUUCCAGUUCGGUAGCGUCUUUUGUCCGUAAAUUUUUGCCAUAUUGCUUUGACUUUUAUCGCCUCAAAUCGAUCUAAGAGGUUCUCUCCCACGGUUUCCUGUCCCACACCACGGCUCG